GUAAUUUCCCCCCUUGUAUAUCGUUCACUUCUGAAGUGUGUAGUAUGUUGGGAACCUUUGUGCUGUGUGUGGGAAAGUUCUACUGUUUUACUUGAAGGACCAUUUCCUAGUAAAGAUGGCAGCUUACGGAGCUAGGUUGUACAAGUGGUUUAGGUUGUUCAGACAGAAUUCAGCAAGUUUGUAUGGAACCUGCAGGAUUCCAUCGGUCUCAAGAUAUGGCAUCUGGCACAAGUUUGCAGUGGGGUGUGGAGUGACAUUGUGUGCUAUUCCCAUAACACAGAAAUAUGACCCAGCUUCACUUAAUCAUGAAACACUGAUAAAGAGAGCCACUGGUUUGGUGACUGACAGUGCUAACAUCUACCUGUCACAAACAACACUUGCCUUACUUGAGACUCUAAGGGAGUAUACCAAGGCAGUAUAUACAUUAGCUUCUCUUCACCAGAGUUAUACGAGUCUGAUGGGAAAGGUAAAUGCAAAUGAAGAGGAUGCCUUGUGGCAAGUCAUCAUUGGUGCUCGUGCAGAGGUGCAAAAUCUACAAGAAGCAUACCUGAAAUUCGAGUCCACCUGGAAGAAUGCUGUUAAGCUUUCAGAGAUGGCAGCAGAAGCUGCAUACCAAGCAGGGGCUGACCAAGCUUCAUCAAAUGCACGUACCCAUAUACAGAUGGCACAGACUCAGGUGGAAGAAAUGCAUCAACUAGCUCUGCAGGCAGAGUCUAAAUUAACUGCAUCACAAGUAGAAGAAAUUAAAAACACCAGGGAAGAGGGCACAGCCACAGAAGAGAGCCAGUGUUCACCAUGGGACACAUCAGGAGCUGAUGAAGAUAUUCCAGAGCAAUAUCAACGUGAAGACUGAAUAUAGGCAAACAAGUACUUUUAUAGCUUGUAUCACAAUUUUGUGAGUAUAUUUUAACAGGGAGUGGUCGACUGGAAAUAUCCCCUGAACAUCUCUACAGUUUAUAUUCCACUACAGUGAAAACAUUAAAAAAUACCAUUUUACUAAGUAGUGCUUCAAGUGUAGCGAUACAUUGGUAAUGCAAAGCCCAAUUUUAAAGACAUCGGUUGAUUUACGGCACUUAAAACUUCUUCAUGGAAUAAUGCGUAGGUAGCUGUGUUUAUUACACAACAUCUAAAGCACUGUGUUUUGUACUGCAUUUAUUUGCUGAUCAUGUCUGCUGGUGUUUUUUAAUUAUCCAUUGUGGUUUGCAUGUAGCAGCUUGCUUUGUUUGUUUGCCCCACCUCAUAACAAUAGAAUCACAGUCACUCUAACUUGCAUUUUAAUAUUGCCCAGGCAUGCAGUCAUUUUAGAUCUUGUCAUGGUUAUGGAUAUGAGAAUAAUGUAAUUUUUUGCUGCAGACUUCACAGUGAAAGUACUACUUUUUUACACCCUCUUGUAUAUAGAGUGAGAAAUGUUAACCGAGAUGGAUGUGUGAUAAAGUCAGGAGCUUCUUUUAAUAAGACAUUCCCCAUAACAAUGCAUUUUGUGUGCAAGUAAAAUACUUUGAAAGGGUUACAUUUGAGUGUGACACAUACCUUGAGAUGUAAUAGAAAAAUACAUUGCAUGCUUUAUGUUGUAGAAAGCUCACUUAUUCUAUGACAGAUAUUGCACUCUAGUGUGCAUACUACAUUUAUUAUGUUUGUUUCAUACCAGUGUCUAUAAGCUUUCUAAUCCCCCGUUUUUGUCUUCAUGGGAUUCUGUAAUAUUUCUCCCUAGGGUACAUCUUUUUGCAGAAUUAAGCAAAUCAGAACAAUAAUUAGAUUUAUAUCUGGCUUAAUGAUGAAACCAAAUACUAUGAGCCACUGUAAGACAAAUGAGUGUCUGGUGCAUGGCAACUGAGUAGUAGAAAACCACUUUAAUAACACCUAGUACUAUGUUGUGCCCUAAAUGCAUUCUUUCCUCAUUUGAGGACACACUGAUGCUUGAGGGGAGAGCAUAAAUGAAACAUCAUAAGGUAGGCAGACAAAUCAAGAGUUGGGUAGUAAAGGUGUCUUUUCCAUCAUAAUACAGUGCAUCUUUUGGACUUGUACCUCAUGUUUUAAUCCAGAUUAAUAUAAUUUCUCUAGCUUCACUGACUUCCUUUUUAUUUGCAAAAUCCCUUGUGCACGUGCCUUAAUAUCUUACUAUUACUGAUGGCAUUACAAGAUCUUUUGACCCAUUGCCAGACUGAAGCUUGUCACAUAUGUUUGUGGUUUAUGCUAUUAUUCCUGCGGGCAUUGCCCUUUGAGCUUUAAGGUAUGUCAUAAUCUACAGAUACAGGAUGCAGAUCAGCACUGACAUUUUAUGCGAGACUACAGAUUUUUUCACAACCUGUCUUAACAAGCAGUGGGUGUAACUUAGGGUGAAAUGGUUGUGGAUGGGUCAUAGCCCAUUGCAGGACACAGUACAUAUGUAGACACACCUAGGUGCUAUUUGAACAUUUCCAGAUCACAUACUUGAAUAUGUGUGAAAAAUCUGCAGCUCCUGGUAAAAAUCCAAGAGGAAACAUGAGGGGACAACCUGAUUUUGCACACAGGCACCCUCAUCUGCAAACCAAACUUGAGAACCCAGAGAUAUAGGGUGGUGAAACUAACAUCUGAUGUUGUUAAUCUUCCCAUCCAUCACUGAUGGGUUCUGUUCCCAGCCCUCAGAACCGAGUCAGCCUAAUACCAAGCUCGCGUACACCAAAAACUCUUGAGCUAAGCUGCUACCCACAAUGCCCUUCUCUGUUACCUCAGAUCUCAUUUGCAGCGCAGCCAUAUAGCAACAUUUCACCAAGCUCUGCAGCUAAGUGUUAUAUUUUUGUAAAGGUUUACUGUACUUCGAAUUUUUUUCUGUUCUAACUUUUUUUCUACCUUAUUAUCUAUACCUAGCUCUACCCUUGGGUAUCUGUCUUGUACCAUCAUUGGUAAACACCCUCCCCUACCAUUGUGGUACCCUUAAUACCAUCGUUGGUAUUUUCUCUCUUUCCUUUCUGUAACUUUUUUUGGAUCUGUUCGAUUCUAUAUUGGAUAUGUCUGAUAAAAAAGGGACUUCGGGGUUCAAACAUUGCACUUCCUGCAAUGGCAGACUCCCCAACAGUGACUUACAUGAUGAUUGUGUCUGUUCUCUGGGGGGGUUUCCCACUUGUCUGUGAAACCUCCUUGCCAGAUUUGUCUAAGCGUCAGUCAGCGGAUGCUGAAUGAAAGGAAAAAUAAUCUUCACCUUUCUCAGAGGCCCUUUCUGUGUCGGAGGUCUCAACCCCUCCAUUGAAGGACAAGAAACGUCCUCAUUCCAACCCCUCUUCACCAGCUGGUGAUAAGGGUAAGUCCCACAAGUCCUCUACGGAGCAUAAGAUCGCUCUCUCAGCUCCGACCAUUUCAGUUCCGAGCUCAGCUCCAGUGGCCUCUGUGGACAUUACCAUGACUUUUACGUCAGCGCCGCCUUCGGCACCGACAUGUAUGGUACCAGCUGUUGUAACAACUUCGGCUCCAGCAUUAUUGUCUUCGGUAGCCUCGGCACCGACCUCACCCCUCACCAACGUCGGUCCCGACUAUCUCCUCGGAACUGAUUAUGACUUCUACUCCAGGUAUUUCUUCAGCUCCGAGUCCUUUCUCAGCACUGUUAGUGCCCCUACUACCUGUCUCCAAGUUGGAAUCUUCGGUGCUGACAUUUCCAACACCACGGACCCAGUACUUCCCGUCAUUGGACCUGUUUUCAGGCCAAGCUUAUAGCCCUUUUUGUGGACCUACCUGACUCCCCUUCCAGAGUGUCUGUAAGGUCCACCAGGAGUCUGAAUUGGAUGUGCUGCACCUGUUCAAUCAGCUGUUGACAGCCAGAGGUAUUACAGAUUUUCCAAAAACCCAUCCCACUUCGGGUUUUGGGUCUGUUGCCCCCAUGACUCCCACUUAUUCCCCUCCCUCAGAUCCUUCAGUUCCGAGGCCCAUAGGUCCAAUGUCCCUGGUGAGAAGCCUUUCCUCAGCACCGACAGUGACUCUCUGAAGCUUCGAGGCUCCCCUUUGGCUUUCAGUUCCUAUGGAACCGUCCCUUCCUCAAUCUCAUAGUUGGUGGGUGGAACCCUCAGCUCCCAGUAUGGUUCCAAGUUUUUUAUUGGUUCCGUCCUUGGAUCUGGGGGUGAUACCCGCCCCGAUCUUGCUUGAGGCUCCGUCCCCAGGAGCGGGCUGUGCGGAGCGGGGUGUGACCCCGGUUCAGAGAUUGUCUUCCUCGGUUCCAGGCACCCAUUCCUCUUCGGGCGGUCUGGCUUUCCGGGUGAUUGAGAGGGUGUUUGCUUCUGGAACCGCUCCUCCUACGUUGGAUCUUCCCUCUGCUCCCUCUGAGCUGCUGCUAUCACAGGCCACCUAACCAGGACUUCGAGAGCACAAGCCUCAGGAAACCCCUGUUCAGGGUAAUCUCCCUUCUGAGGCUUCUAUAGACGUUUCCACUGAAGAACCCCCUUGGAAGAAGACAUGUAAGAGGAAAUAGCUGGACUCCCCAGAGGAGUCCCUUACUGAGGAUACAGAUUACGAUGAUGGGAAAGGGUCCCCAUGGUCACCCCCUGACGAUGUCUCCUUUGGAGACAUCCUGAAAAUAUUGAAGCAGAGGGGUGACUGGAAGCCCUCCAAUCCUUCCUCGGAGUCCAUCUUUCUGCAGGCUUUCCACUCUCAGCCUUCUACUUCUUGGGUGAACCCACCUGCUGAUGAGUUAGUCCAGCUCAUCGUGCAGCGUGCAUGGAAGAACCCUGAUUCUGUUGAGGCCAUUCCCCGG